AUGUUCAAGUGGUUAUCCAAACCGGGAAGCAAAACCCAAAUUAUUCAUCAGCAGCCCCAAUAUCGGUCGGAUGAAUUUCAGGAGCUGUUCAUUUUUAUGGUGAAAUGUUUUCGCCAGUUUGGACUAUGUCCGGUGCGAAUCGAACAGGUCCGGGGAAAACCACGUUUCGAAAUGAGUCGGUUCCUGGUGGUUGCUGUUGUGUUUAUUUUACUUUCGACCUGGGUAGCGUUGGUUGCAUCGUUUUUCCUGAAGUUUAAGACCCCAAUGAUCACCGGAAUUGCAAACCACAUCCAGUUUAUAACAAACGCAAUGGCUCUAACGGCUACAUUGGCCGUUCCCAUCUUCAAGUAUAACGAUUUGAAUGGAAUCUUUGAGGACUUCAAUGUGAUAGACGAUGAGUUAAACUAUUUCAAUGUCAAGUUGUACCAAUCACAGCUCAAGUGUAGCUUCUUGAAGUGCUACAUUGUUCAUGUUCUGUUCUUGAUCAUGUCAACCAUCUACGAUGCCCACGUUAUGUUGAUUUUGGGACGAGGAACUCAGCUAUGGUUGUGGUUCUUUCAUCUGCUGCCAUUCAUACUUUAUUCUUUGGCGUUCAUGCAGGCGUUCACCAUGAUAAAAUGGGUCAAAAUUCGUAUUCAGCAUUUGAACUCAUUGAUCGAACAGUACUAUCGCUACCCUCCACUAGACAGGAUUGGGAACAACAAGUUCAAAGUUUCUUCCUUAGUAACUUUAACACUGGACGUCGAAAAAAGUGAAACUACGGAAACUUGCGAAGAGCUGGCAGUUAACAAUCGAAUCUUGACAAUCGUCUCAAAAACCAUUGAUCUUGCUUCACGUUUGGAAUCCUACAACGGAUUAAUUUUUCUGUUCGGAUACCUCGCUCUGUUUUCGGUUACCACAAUUCAAGUCUACUUCUGCUAUCUCUUCAUGCUAAUCAACAAACCUGAGCAAGGCUUCAGCAUUAAUACGUUUGGACUCUCGUUGACGAUAAUCAUCGGAAAUCUGGUGGCCAUCCUAGCCCUGCCAUAUAUCUGUGAGCAAGUCGGAAAUGAAUCAAAAACUUUGAUGUCCUACCUGUCGAAGUUAUCGAUGAAGUACGGUCAAAACGUGCAGUCUUCGAUUUGGUUCCCGAAUUUGAUUUCCAGCAUAAAAUUCUCAGCACUUGGAUUCUUCAACAUCAACUACAACAUGCUGUCUGGGUUUUUUGCAGCGUUGAUUACCUACCUGAUCAUCUUCAUUCAGUUCAAUUCGAUUGUGCCGGCCAAGGAAAAUGAGGUACAUUUGGUUCGAAAAGGUGGAGAGAAACUGGGUACUUCUGGCGAUGACUAA